CAAAUGAUGUAUUGGGCUUAAGGGGGCAAGAAGUCUGAAUUGCCCACUUGCCACAGCCCAACUUAUUAAGGCCCAAUUCACAAAGUUUGUGACUUUUCGCAUGAAACAAAACGAAGAGCAUGUUGUCCGUAACCGAGGAAAGGGUUUCCAGUUUUCGCAGCGACGAGCAACAAACACACACUGCUAGGCUGCCGCUGCCCUUUUAUUUCUACAAAAAUCUUCAAUUGGGAGCUAGAGAGACAUAGAGGAAGCGGAGAGAGGUGCAGAAGAUGGAGGAUUUGAAGAAGAGGAAGCUAGAUGAAAUGGGGAACGGCGAGGUGUUGCCCAACUCCAACGAUUCGACCGCGAAUUCAACCACGGAGGAAUUGCGCGCGCUUCUCGACCCGCUCGCUAAGCCGCAGCUUGUUGAUAUUCUUGCUAGAGCGGGGUCCCAAUAUCCUUCUAUUGCCGAAGAAAUUAAAAGUGUUGCAAGUGCUGAUCCUGCCCUUCGCAAGCUUUUUGUUCGUGGUUUAGCAUGGAAUACUACUUCAGAAACUUUGUGUGCUGCAUUUCUAGAGCAUGGUGAAAUCGAAGAGGGUGCUGUGAUAUACGACAAAGUGACCGGAAAAUCGCGUGGUUACGGUUUUGUUACUUUUAAAGAUAUGGAGUCUGCUCAGACGGCUCUAAAAGCACCCAGUAAAAUGAUUGAUGGUCGUAUGGCUGUUUGUAACCUUGCGAGUGAAGGACUAAGCAGCAACAGCAUAACACCUGAUCAAGCCCAAAGGAAAUUGUACGUUGGUGGUUUGUCACCUGAGACGACGAGUGAGAUGCUGCUCGCUUUCUUCAGUAGGCAUGGUGAGAUUGAAGAGGGUUCCGUUGCUUAUGACAAGGACACAAAUAAAUCACGUGGGUUCGGCUUUGUUACCUACAAGACUGUCGAGGCAGCAAAGAAAGCUAUAGACGACCCCCAAAAAUUGCUUGGAGGAAGAAACAUCACUGUCAAGCUAGCCGACAACUACAAAGGGAAGGUUUCACAAUCACAGCUACCACAAUCCGCAGUUCCAUUGCCCGUACAUAUGAAUGGUGGAGCCCCUAUGGGCUAUGCUUAUCCCCAACCAAUGGCAACAUACCCGACUGCUCCCUAUACAAGUCCACCAACGGCAGCAGCUCCUCCAUACGCUGUCCAUCCACAAUACUCUUAUCCUCAGUAUGGUGUUAAGAAAGAAACACCUCCUCAACAAACGGCCAUCGGGGGUUACCCUUCUUACUAUAUGCCCAAGCAAUGACCACCUUAACCCCAACUAGUAGCAUGGAUCGUUGCAAAGAAACUCAAGAAGAGAGAGAAGCUGCGUGCUCUCAUGUCAAUCACUCAUUAAUGUUUGGAUGAAUACGCCAUUUUUUUCCCUUUCUUCUUUUAAUGGUUUUGUUAGCCCUUUCGUAUUUCGUAAUACUGUUGACUAGUGAAUCCUUGCAAUUUAUUUGCUGCGUUGUUUCAUAUGCAUAUAUUGGUUGAGGAUGGAAAAUACUCCGAUUAAUGAU